AUGAAGAGAGCUCUUUUCCUCACUGUCUGCGGCUCAGAAGUUUUUGAGACAGCUAGGGCUCUUGCGGCUCCACUUGCGGUGCAGGCUGCACCUUGGGACACACUGACUGAGAAACUCAAGGGACACUACACACCCAAGGUGUCCAGAAUUGUUGCCCGUCACGUGUUCCAUCAUCGAAUCCAAACUGAGGGGGAGACAACCAGUGAAUUCUUAUCGGCCCUCAGGAAAGCUGCAUACCACUGUGAAUUCUGGGACUUGGACGAUGCCCUGCUGGAUCGAAUCGUGUGUGGUGUGAGGGACGAGAAACUACAGUGCCAUUUCCUUGCCAAGUCCAAUCUCACUCUCAAACUUGCCAUCAAGGAAGCUCAAGCCGCAGAGGCAGCGAAACAGUCAACAGCGGAGAUCCUCAAGGCCAACAGCUCAACAAUUUCAAAGAAGCCAACCUCGGUCCACCAUGGAGAGAUCAGCGAAUCUGAGGGCUGCUCAGAUGAAGAGGAUGAUGUUUGCCGCAUCAAGCAGGAACGUGGAAAGGUCAAACGGCGAACGAUGGACCAAUCAGACUGCGGGUUGCGGUGGCAACCACCCUCGGUCCAAAUGCAGUUUCAAGGACGCCACCUGUCGGCGUUGUUCGCAUAA